CGCUGCCGCUGCCCCCUCGCCGCCACGGGGCAGUCCCGCGUGGGGCCGGAAUCCGGCCGCUCACUCCUCCCAGGCGCCGCGAAUCAACCCGGCGCCCGCAGUCGGCGCAGUCCUGUCCCGGGCCGGAGCAUGAAGGUCGAGUUUGCGCCGCUCAACAUCCCGCUGGCGCGGCGGCUGCAGACCGCCGCGGUGCUGCAGUGGGUCCUGUCCUUCCUGCUGCUCGCACAAGUGUGCAUUGCAGUCAUCGUGAUACUGAUCGUAUACAACUAUUGGUUCCUCUAUGUCCCUUAUAUGACAUGGCUUUAUUUUGACUGGAAUACCCCAGAGCAAGGGGGAAGGAGAUCCAAUUGGGUCAGAAGCUGGACCGUUUGGAGGUAUUUUAAGGACUAUUUUCCGAUUCACCUUAUCAAAACCUGGGAUUUGGAUCCAAGUCACAACUAUAUAUUUGGGUUUCACCCCCACGGAGUGCUUGUUGCUGGAGCCUUUGGAAAUUUUUGUACAAAUUAUUCAGACUUCGAGGAGCUGUUUCCUGGCUUCACUGCGUAUCUUCAUGUGCUCCCAUUUUGGUUCCGCUGUCCACUCUUUCGAGACUAUCUGAUGACCAGUGGGUCAGUCUCAGUUUCUAAGAAAAGUGUGUCCCAUGUGCUGAGCAAGGAGGGAGGUGGAAACAUUUCAGUCAUUGUUCUUGGGGGUGCAGAAGAAUCACUGGAUGCCCAUCCUGGAAAAUUCACUCUGUUCAUCCGCCAGCGGAAAGGAUUUGUUAAAAUUGCUUUGACCCAUGGCGCCUCCUUGGUCCCGGUGUUUUCUUUUGGAGAAAAUGAGCUAUUUAAGCAAGUUAACAACCCUGAAGGCUCAUGGCUACGAACUGUGCAGGAGAAACUGCAGAAGAUCAUGGGGUUUGCUUUGCCGCUGUUCCAUGCCAGAGGAAUUUUUCAAUACAAUUUUGGCCUGAUGCCCUAUAGGAAACCUAUCCACACUGUUGUUGGCCGUCCAAUCCCUGUGCCUCAGACCCUGCACCCAAGCCCAGAGCAGAUUGAGGAGUUGCAUCAGACCUAUAUGGAAGAGCUGAGGAAGCUAUUUGAGGCCCACAAAAGGAAAUAUGGCAUCUCGGAGCACGAAACUCUCAUUUUUAGAUAACUACUCUUAGAAGGCAUACAGAGGACGAGAGAAUAUCCGAUUGGAGGAUACAUCAUUUUAAAUAAGGAUUUUUUUUUUCUUUCACUCUGGAAUCAAGAUUACAACUGAAAAGUAUUAUUUAUGGUGACAAAUGUUAAUGUCUCUCCGUGGGAGAUAAAAAUACAGUGGGUGACUGUAGGAGAAGCAGGCAGAGGACCAUAACCCUUUGGAUAAUCCUCAUUAGGGAAGGUGCAAGCAUUUCCCGGGUUAAGAAAAGGUUUAGGAUUAUUCGUGUGCUUAAAAAAAAAUUUUUAAAAAUUAGACCCUUUUACCAAAAUCACAAGAAUUUAAGGUGGUGUUUUCAUGAAGUAUCACAGCUCUUGUUUAGCACAGCUGAAACACUUAGGAGACAGUGUGUCAACUAAUUUUCCAUACCUAGCUAGAGGAGAUCUUUCUUUUUUUUUUCCCUCCUUGAACGGAGAAUUUUUUGGGUGAAUAACAUUACUUUUCAGAGUUAGAUAACUUGAUCCUUUAGGUCCUCUAACCCAACACAUUUUUAUACAGUACUGCAGAAUUUCUGCGCAGGUUUUGAAACAGGAUGUAUCUACCAUCUGGAAACCCAUGUGGAUGAGAGCACGUCUCCUCAUUUCUCUUCAUGCUUAGAAAUGCUCAUGCUUGUCAUUUGCUCAGAAAUUCUGAGCAUUGUUCAUUUGCUAUAUGUUCAUUUGCUAUAUAGACAAGAAGGUCUUUUGGGAGACAUGCUUUAGAACAUUAAAAUUCCAAAAGGUUUUCAUGGUAUUAGAAAUAGUUUUAAUUUCCUUCCCAAAUGGCCUCUUUGAGUAAGACCAGCUAUGAAAGAAAGUGUCCUCUCCGGUU